ACAUAUUCGACUAAGAAAUACACGAAAAUCCGUUUCCACUAGUUACCACAGCCGCAAAGUCAUGAUGGCUAUAUCGUAAAAAAUCAUAAAAACAAAAAUGGACUUUUGGGUCAUAAUUGAAGGUUCGGGUUAGGUUUAAAAUUAGUGGUUAAGAAGAUAAAUUGUACAAAUGGGCGGGUUUUAUGACUUCGUGGCUGUGGUAAGGUGACGACCGAAAAUCCCAGGCAGUACGAGCAAAGAUGGUGGAUGUCCUCUAGCUAGCUAAUAUUAGCCCAGUCGUAGUCACAGCCACUGUCUAACGUUUGUCAUUCAAUGUAACUCAAAAUGUCUGUUGCUUUUGUACCGAAAAGACAUAGAGGAAAAGCUCAGAUCAACCAAGAAACCAUCCAAAGAUUACUGGACGAAAAUGACCAGCUGGUAAGGUGCAUCACAGAGUACAUGCAAAAAGGACGCGCAAUGGAAUGUGUACAAUAUCAACAGAUCUUGCACCGCAACAUUGUUUACCUGGGAACCAUAGCAGACGCCAGCCAAACUUGGCUCCAACCACAAACAUCCCCACCAAUGGAGAGGCACCAACAUUGACAGCCCAGAAUGGACAUAAAGCUAUCAUACAUAUUAGGCAAUUUCUUCUGAAUUGAUUCACAUAAUUUUAUUGAAAAUAAAUUUUGCAAUUUUUUUCCUGA